GAUGAGGGAUUAGAAUUUAUUAGGGAAUAAAUAGAAAAAUAAUAGAUUUUUUAGAUUAAUUUCUGGUAACAAGAUCAAAUAGCGAAAGCGGAGGGACUGGGUCUGGAUUUUUUCUUUAUUAAUGAGCAAUUUAAUAUGGAUUAUGAAAAUAAAGGAAAAAAGAAUAUUUUUAAACUAAUAAUGAUUUUGAAAUGGAUAAUAUUAUGUUUGAAUUGAUA